CUACUGGCUAUAGGUCGGUCACAUGGCACAUGCAUGUCACAUGACGCGCUGCUGUUGCUGGCGCGCAGUGUGGGGUAACGCACACGUUUGCGAGAGAUAACACUCAGUGACACAGCAGCAGCCGAUACUAUGGAGGAUGUUACAGACGACAGCCAGGGCAAUAUGAGUACCUAUAUCCGGCAGUGCAGCAAGGCCGCCAUCUACCUGUGCGGGAAAUGCUGGCGUCCGCUGGGCGACACGCAGGACUUCGUGGAAAAUAACGUUGGCGACUGCCUCAUACUGCUAAAAGCUGUAACAGAUCAAGUUGAGAUUGACCCAAGAAUGCAAGUGUUCACACUUCCCAAUGAAGUUGGCAGCACUAUUCAAAUUCUGCGCUGUAAAUGCUGCUCUUCAACCAUUGGAAGGUUUUACUCAAAAACCGAAAAACACCUGGACUACAAGUGUGGUUUGUUUGGUUUAGAUUGGAGUGCUAUUAAACGUUAUAUUCUUGGCUCUGCUGAUAACCAAUUAAUGCCUGAGGGAGAAGCGCCAAUAACCCUGUAUAAAUAUGACCUUUUGGAAAAAGAAAUGAAAAAGAGUUGCGGAGUCCGGAGGGAGGAGAUGAGGCGAUCUGAAGAGUUGACUGUCAUGGCUCUUAGGAUAUAUUCACAUAAUAUUAAAGAGCAGACUACUUUUACGUCGACUACAGAAGAAAGUUUCAAACCUAGAAGCUGAGGACUCUGAGUACUGAGGUGUCUUCCCGCAAUAAUAUCUAUUCUUGAAAUUUGUAAAAAAAAUAACAAAACCCUUUUCUCCCUCCUGUAGUGAAUAUAAAACCAAAUAAUCAGACGGGGACAAAUAUCUUGAGGCCUGUGGUGGUGGAAUUAUUUCAGGAGUAGAGGAGAGAAUUGAACCACAGUUUCUAUUGGCAAUUGUUUGUUGUGUGUAACUGGUAAAUGCCAUAUGUGAGAUUGGGGCAGAUGUAUUAAGCCUGGAGAAGUGAUAAAGUGACGGUGAUAACGCACCAACCAAUCAACUUCUUACUGCCAUUUUUCAAACCCAACCUGUAACUUGACAGUUAAGAGCUGAUUGGCUGGUGCAGUAUCACCUUCCACUUUAUCACUUCUCCAGGCUUAAUAUAUCUGCCCCAUUGUAACUGGGUAUUAUCUGAUAUCAAUGCUUGCAUUUUGUUUUUUUUAAAUCUAAGUUUAUACAAUUUAAGACAAGUUCUCAGACACAAAUUUUGUAUGUUUUGUAUUGCUUAACAAUUUUAUAAUUCUAUUGCUUCAUUUUUUUAUUAUUAUGGCGGCAGUUAUUUUAUUUAUGGACCACUUUUGUACUAAAUAAAAUGUUUUUCAAAUAA